CUGUAAAUCUAUUAUUUUUAACAUUUAGUAAUCAUUAGUAGUUUCGUAAAAUACACAUAUUUUGUGUAGUUUAGUGUCAGUUUUGAAAUUCGCGGAUUAUUGUAAGAAAAAUCCUGUUUUGCAUUAUGCACGUUCUUAUUGGUUCGCAUUCUAAAUACUGGUGUAGUGUAUAGUGUAUUAUAUAUACCUAUCUAGCGCUGAUAUGGACCAAAUAUGCAGAGCCAGAUUGACCGCGACAGAUACCAUAGUACUUAGUACUUACCUACUGUUCAGAAUUUGUAAACAAUGCAUUUUUUUAGUGCUGUGCCUUAAAAAUGGUAUCGUGUAAAAUAAAAGGCUGCAAGAAUAGAUCUGACAAAAAAGGACAACCAAAACUUCACUUUUUCUCCUUUCCUAAAGAUCCAGAAACUGCUUCAAAAUGGAUAGAAGUUUGUAAACAUUCAGUUAAUAUAAAGAAUUCUCGGGUGUGCUCUGUUCAUUUUCAACCUUCUUGUUAUAAACCAAGGCCACUGCAUUUGAAAGAUUUAAAUUACUCUCAAAGUGGAGUGCGAACACUAUUACCUGAUGCAGUUCCAACAGAAAGUAUAGCCUCAGAUGAUGCUAGUAGAUCAGUUACUAAACAUCAAAAGCGUGCUCAAAAUCCAUCCAACAACAAUAAUAAUAAUCAAAACGUUUUACAUGUCUCUAAUUCGAAAGUCAAUGAAAAAGUUCCUGCAGUAUUAUAUUUACGAGUAUUGGAUAAUAAUCCUAAACAUCAAUUCAAAAGUGUUUCUACCCCACCAAAAUCUUUUAAAUAUAUAAGUGGUCAUUCAAACUUAGAUGUUCGUCUUGAACGUAUUGAAGCUCCUUCAUAUAUACUAGAUCAUCAAUAUGCUGCAAAUAGUAAUCAAAAUUUGAAUGUCAUAGAUGAUCCAAUGAAAAAAAAUGAGAAUAAUAGCACUGAAGUUUACAAGACAACUAAUUUAGAAAUCAGACCAAAAUUAAAUAACUCAUUGAGUGAUCAAGAUCAAAUAGCGCAACUUAAAAGGCAAUUACAAAUUAAAACCAUGGAACACCAAACUGUUCAAAAGCAGUUAAAAAGAUUACAAAAUGAAUCAAAAAAUUUCGUCAACAAGAGAGUUCGUGACAUUUUAAAAAAUGUUUUCUCAACAAAUCAGAUAGAUAAACUAAUUAAUCCAUUCAAAUCUAAAAUCAAGUGGUCUAUAGAAGACAUAAUUUCAGCUAUAUCUUUACAGAACAUAAGUCUGAAAGCUUAUUCUUAUUUACGAAACAAUAAUUAUCCAUUACCUGGUUUAUCAACUAUUCGGAAAUGGACAGCCAAUAUCAAAGUCGCUGAAGGUUUAUUAACUGAUAUUUUAACUGUGAUGAAGCACAGAACAAAGUCGUUAUCAGUUUUUCAAAAAAUUGUUAUUUUAAACUUUGGUGAAAUAAGUAUUGCGCAAAAGAAUUGCCAAAUUUGCAUAGUCAGGGGGCUAUUCUAUAAAUGGAUACAGCCAAUUUAUUACAGUUUUGAUAAAACAUUGACAACAAAUAUUGUAAAAGAAAUAAUAUCGAAAUUGUAUGAUGCUGAAUACAUUGUAGUGGCAAUAACUUCAAAUUAUCAAUCAUUUGAUGAUCAAAUAUGGACAGAUUUGAAUAUUGGUGUUCAAAAUUCUCGAAAAUGCUAUUUUGAUCACCCAAAAACAAGCAGUUACAAAGUUUUCGUUUUUCCAUGUGAAUCAAAUUUGUUAUCCCUCAUUGGACAGUAUUUUUUCAAAAGUGGAUUUAUUGUCAAUGGCAAGCAAGUAAAUAAACGAUGCUUGGAAGAAAUUGCAGAAAUCAAUAAAAAUUCACCAGGAGAAAACGUUUAUAAACUAACAUCAGAAUUUUUAGGGACUUAUAAAUCUGAUCAGAGUGCGUUUUUAAUUAAAAAGUUGUUUACAAAAGAGAUUGCUUCAGAAAUAACUUAUUUUGGUCAUGAAAAGUUUAUUUUGUAUAAAGAUUGGAAAUAUGUCGCGGAAUUCUUUGAGUCGCUUGGAAAUUGGAUUGAUUUGUGUAAUAGCCAAGUGGAAGAAGGAUUUAAGGAAGGUGAAGAACCAUAUGGUUUUCACUUAGAAUAUCAAAAUAAAGUUAUGAAUAAGAUGGAAAAACUCAUGCUUACUACAAAAAUUGUUGACUCGGAAAAAUCAUCCAUUAUUCAAGAUCAAGUCAUCUUAAAAAGUAAUUCGCUCAAAGAAUUGUUGAUUUAUUUGCAACAAAAUUUUAGUAUUGAAGAUUUUCAAAUUAAUUACAUUUUAACAGCAAGAUUCAGUGAUGAAUUAUUGGAACAUUUUUAUGAAUACUUAAGUGACCAAGAUGUAUCAAGUGAUAAUUUUGCAAUUACAAAUUUCCAAAACAAGCUCAGAAAAUGCUUAUUAGGAAAACAUUUCCACGAUGCAUCGUUUCGUAAAGUUGUAAAGUAUCCGGAACCAUGUUUAAUAGAUUUUAAUGAAAAGUCGGAUGCAACUGCAGAUGACAUUAAACAACCAAAGGGGGCUACAAUAGGUGCAGCAGGAAAAAUUAGAAGAUUUUUAACAAUUAAUAAUAUUCCUGCACAAAGAGUCCACAAAAAUUUAUUGCAUAUUCUCGGCAAAAAAGAAACUGAAAAAUAAAAUGUAAAUGAAAUACUGCAAUUUAUAGUUAUGUAAAAUAUCUAAAUGAAUUUGUUUAGUUUAAUCUUCUUGAAUGAUAUUUCAUACAUGCUGAUAUUUACAAAAGAUGCCAAUAAUAGAUACGUAUAAAAUAUUAUAACUUUAUUUUUUUAAUAAAUUAAUGAACACUCGUACUUGGAUAAUUAGAUAGCAAACUAUAAUUCAAUUGUUACAAUAUUUAAAUCUCAAUAUAAUUAUAAAAAUAUGCUGUGUUGUUUUCUAUUGAUGGAAAACGUAUUAAUUUGCAUUACGUUGCAAUUUAAAUUAUUGCAAAAUAUAAUAUGUUGUUAUGUUUAUAAAAGAUAUUUGUGAUGAUUCGUAAUGAGAAAUUAUUAUGCUAUGUUGAGAAAAAAUUUUGUACAUAAACGUAAAUAUUGACUUUUAUAAGUUGAUGCGAAUAAAAAUGAAAAUUUUUAUUUUAAGCAGCUUUAUAGUUUUAUUAAGUUAUAAUUAACAAAUUGCCCUAAAAUAUUUUACAACAGUUGAGAUUCUACACAUCAAACCUGAAUGUUCCGUUGAAUUUUAACGAAAAACAAAAAUUGUUCUAAUUCUCGAUAUUUUAGCUCUCUGCGUUAACAUAUUGUUAAAUUUUUAAAAUCAUAGGAGCUUUAUUUACCAAAGUGGAUACAAUUUAAAAUACAACAUUUUUUUGUGGCUCGAUGAUGCUUUGAAUUGUGAUAUUUAUUCAAUACUAUUACUGUUACUUCGAUAACGUAAUCAGAAUAUUAAUUGAAGAUACUCCUCGAUGCGUGUAGGUAUUCGCAUCACUUGUUUACUUUUCUAAAAAUGUUAUAACUAAUGAGUUUAGUAAAGUUUGUUAGUAUGUACAUAUGUACAUCAAUCACUGAACUUUGUGCCAUAAUUAAUGUAUAUUUAAAACAAAGAAUGGUGCUUACAACUAUUUUUGGAAAAUGUAUAAAGUGGAGAAUGUUUUGAAUAACUUCAUCUAAGAUUUGCAUUAUGGAUUUUUUAUAAUUUAAAAAACUAAAUUCAAGAAUGAACCUGUAAAAAAUGAAUCAUAAUCGAUUUCGGCAUGCCUUAUGUCUACCUGCUUAUGAGCAGCUGCCGUGGAAAAUCCAUUAGUAUCGGUUUUACCAAUCAGAUGCGAGCGGCAUAUUAUUCAACGUGUAAAAUCGUCAAUGCGCAAAAACGCUCGCAGCAGCGCGACUGGCAUUUUCAGUCUGAAAGGUGCGCGUCGUACGUCAUGGGUCGCUUAGACUUCAAUCUUGUGCGAGCCAAAGAAAAAGGCGGUGACUGCGAAAGUACUUCGGCUUUUGCCGGGGAAAAUGACGAGGAGGAGGACAUUUUACAGACGGGCAAAUAUGUGCGACAUCAGGAACCAGUCAAUAAGUUGUACUUGCUGUUUCUCGUAUCCACGACAGUUGUUGCCUGCUUCUGUGUCUUUGUCGUCAUUCCACAGCUAGUCGAUUAUUUUACUGUUCCCAAAGUAUUGAAUAUCGAAAACAGUAUUUGCGCUCCACAAAAGCAAUCGGUCAUAGAAUUGUUGGAUACAGAGAGAACCCGUAGAAAUCAAGAAAGAUUGGAAAUAAUGCACAAAGUGAAUGCUCUGCAAAGAAACUACAAACUUCUACAGAUCGAAUAUCGUAAGGCGCAAGAGAUGUUUUUGAAGAAGCUGCACAAUGCAUAUAAAUAUGAAAAAAGCGUGGAUUCCAAGCUGCAAAGUCCGCAUCAGGCACAACCUGCGGCUAGUAGUCCCGAACAAGCUGAAAUGGAAAUUUUUGAGCUUGACAACACAACGGCAAAUAUUCAUAAGGACGAAAGUGAAAGGCCUCCAGCUGAAAAGAUUACGCAUAGUAUAGUAGUAUUAUAAAAGGGCGUGUAAAUAAGUGACCAAACUAGUAAAAGAGAACAAAGUAUAUCGUCUAUCUAAUAAUAUAUAGUCGUCAAUUAUAUCUUUACACUGUACAUACAAAAUAAUCAUUCGUUUAUAAUAUUAAAAAUAAUUCAAUGUCAGUAUUACAGUUAAACAAAUAUAUAUUUUAUGAAAAUUUUGGCUAUCUUAUUUUUUUAAACUUUUUUUUUAAAGUUAUUCUUUAAUUUAUCAAGAAUAUAUAAUUUAUGCUUAGUUUCGAGAGGGAAUUCAUUGAGUAUACAGUAGAAGUAUGUAAAUAGAGCUAAAUACAUUUUAAUCGUUAUUCAACUAUCAUUAUAAGUAUAGUGGCUUAUUUGCUAACUAUACAUUGUAUUAUGUUAUUUGCAAGUAUAAUAAUUAUAUUAUAUGAGUUUGAUAAAUUUAAUAACAUUAUGAUACAAAAAUA